CAAACUGUUCUAAUAAAUAACUAAAACAAAUCAAAUGAGAUUAAAUCCCAACUGUUCAGAAUCAUCAAUCCUUACAUAAUAUUUCAUUUCUCGUUCGACUCAAACUUCAAUGGGCAAACCGGAGAGGAAAGCCAGAGAGAAGACGUUCUCUUCUUCGUCGUCUUAUCUUCUUGGCUGCUUCGGUAUCUCCCGGAAGAUACACUCACACAAACAAACGCUAGACGACGGCGCCGGCGGUCAAGAGAAUAAGAAGAAGAAAACAAGGAGUCGUUGGUUUUCUCGAGCGACAGCAUUCCGUGUGAAAAACAACUGCGAGAUCACAACGACGACGAUUUGUGAGACGAAGAAACAUAACUCGACUAUUGAAGAUGAUAAGCAAAACCUGUUUCGGGUGUUACGUCAAGUUACUGACCCGAAGAACAUAACUGCGGUUGGACAACAUGAAACUAAAGAGUUUUCUUUUCAGCAAAGAGACACAAACCCGGAACCGUUGACUUUAUCAGGAUACGACAUGUGUUACGGAAAGGUGUCAACUACUACAGUUGGUGUCGGGAAACUCGAACCGACUACAACCGUCGGGUCCGGAUCCAAACGGGAGAAGUCUUCACGGGUCAGGAAAGCGUCGCGGGUUGACUCGGUGAUUGGGAUAUCAAUCAUAAUGCUAACGCUAAUGAUCAUGUUGAUGUGGGGGCGUCUGUGUGCUAUUAUUUGUACAUGUACUUGGUGUUACUUUCUCCCUCGUCUCAAACGCACACGCACUGGUGGCGGUAAAGCUGAAGGCAAAGAUGAUUUGGAUUUGAACUCUGCGGCUUAUAAGAAAAAAAUCGUUUUGGAUGGGUUUUUGGUACGGCAGCAACGCCGCGUUUUGAUGUGACCACCUUUUGAUAUCAUUUAUAUUUUUUUGUUAAUUGAUUAUUAUUAUUGAUUUCCCUUAGUUGUAAUCUCAUUUGAAUAUCCAUUGUGAUUUACAGUAAUGUCUAUAUGUUGUAUUGUUAACAGCUUUUGAAAGUAAAACCUUUGGUUCAA